UGACCAGUUGAAGCAACAGAUGUGUAAACACACACACAGAGGGACUCUGCUCCACUCUUUACUCCAAAUGCAGAAUGGGAUGUGACUUCAUCGUUGGAUAGUAAUUCAUCUGUCCAGGAGCAGCUGGCACAAAGAUGUGACUGUCCCGUGGGUCAGCUUGACUCUUCCUAGAAGUCUCCGUGAGAGGCUCUUUGUGUUAAGGUGAAGCAGGUCUCCUUUGUGGAUACAUUAACUGGAUUUGCAGAGCAAUUGAUACAUCACAAAAUGUCAGCUGGUGAGGCCUUCGUCACCCUGGCCACCACGGACUCAUACUGCAUGGGAGCUACAGUGGUGGCCAGAAGUUUGCGGUCUCACGGGACAACGCGCAGCAUCAUCAUUAUGGUCACCCCCAACGUCUCCGAACAGUCAAGGCUUGCCCUGAAGUAUGUGUUUGAUGAGGUCAUCACAGUGGAUGUGAUGGACAGUGAGGACCGUCUCCACCUGGCCUUGCUGGGACGUCCUGAGCUUGGCAUCACCUUCACCAAGAUUCACUGCUGGACUCUGACCCAGUACAGCAAAUGUGUCUUCCUGGAUGCGGACACACUCGUUCUGAGUAACGUGGACGAUCUGUUUGAGAGAGCCGAGCUGUCGGCAGCUCCCGAUCCCGGCUGGCCCGACUGCUUCAACUCUGGCGUGUUUGUCUUCACACCGUCGCUCCACACCCACAGAAGCCUCCUGGAUCACGCCUUGCAGCAUGGCAGCUUUGACGGUGGAGACCAGGGCCUGCUGAACUCUUUCUUCAGCAGCUGGCCGGUGGAGGACAUCAGCAAACACCUGCCAUUUGUCUACAACCUCAGUGCCAGCACCGUCUACAGCUACCUCCCUGCUUUCCUACAGUUUGGCCACAAUGCAAAGAUCGUUCAUUUCUCAGGAGCAGAGAAACCUUGGAGCUCCAGCAGUCAGAGGGGCGACAGCAGUUCACACACCAUGGAGCGGUUUGUGUCUCUGUGGUGGAAGGAAUACCACAGUAACACAAUAGCGCCUGCACCAGAGAAACCACAACAGAUCCAAGAACGAGAAGCCAAGAUGCCAUUUAGAGAAAACUUGGACAGUUCCAACUCACUGCUUGCACAUUUUUCACCCCCUUCUGAGACGCUCCAUUCACCGCCUGAACCAGAGACAUGUCCCGAUACAGAUCACACACCGCUGAAGGAAGAGUCAAGAACAUCUGAGGAGACAAAGAUCCAGCAUACAGCUACUGAAGCAGAUGGGUUUGAGGACAGCGCUUGUGCCCCGGACACUGAUACACAACCUAGGGCAGCAGACCUAGAGGCGGAGCGGCAGGAGCAUCGCAGGCAGUGGGAGGCUGGGCAGGUGGACUACCUGGGCCGAGAUGCCUUCCACAACAUCCAGAGGAUGCUGGACCGCUUUCUGGAAUAAUCACACACAGGAAGUUUAAUCUGGACCCAGUGGUAACAACAGCCUAAUUUCGGGAUUUGACUGUUAGGCAUUUGUGUCUGUUUACAGACAGACAAAAAGACAGAUUGUUUUACUUUACAGUCCCUACUUCUGACACCUAGUGGUAGUAUCAAGGCACUGGGACUGACAGUGAUGUACACCGUUCCACACCACCCUCAUGGGGACAUUGAGACUGCGCUGGUGACUGAAACCGACAUUUUUCUACAAACAAUAAAAACCUAUCCACCGUAUUCCUGAAGACGCUACUGUAAAAAUGAUUAUGGGUGCAGCUUCUGGUGACAUAGAGGAUGUUGCAGUAAGGUAGUUCGUUACAUCGACUUUCUAUGGUUCGUCCAAGUGGCUAAUCUUGGUGGCUAAUCACCAACGGCGGCUCUGUUUCGAAGGUACCUGCUCUGCUACCUGUUAUGCUAACCAGGUCUCACUCUGAAGCCGCUGAAAUCCAGUGCUUGGUCAGUGACUCCCGGCGUCAGAAAAAGCCGUCCUUUUACAUCGGCAUGAUACAUGGCUGGUCGUCGUUAUUGUUUACCGGCACCUGGCAGUGUCAGGGUGAAACAUGGCGGGAACACAAUGGAAGUUAAGGCGGUGGAAGUCUGAGUAGGGCGGGAGGGGGCUGGUGUUUGCUUCCUGUAAGAUUUUAAAGCCUGUACUGAAAAAUAAAAUAAACUGUUCCUUACUGACUCAACAAAAGACAUGAUUUGUACUAUAUUUUCGUACGCAGCCCUCUGAUAAUACUGAUUUAUAUUAAAUGUGUUACUGUCUGUUUAUGAGUCGUAAGAAAUCACAAAUCAUGGUUUGUGCCACGUGUUUUAUUUUCCAGUCACUCUAGGAAAUCCCGAGAACAUACAGUUAGCUGAUUGGAAAACGCUGGUUACGGUCCAGCAGCGGAAGUUGCGCCCAUAAGUCACAUAAGGUAACAUGGGGGUGAGGAAUAGGGCGGAUGAGACCAAAUAAUUUCAAAGAUGAUAAAACCACAGGAACAUUUGACACAUCUGGCUUUAACUCUCAUAUUUUGUGAAACUGUCAAUUAAGAAUACGUUGAAUAUGAACCACGUUAGCGUUAAAGCAAACACAAGUGCUCCAGGUAAAUGCUUGUCUUGUCUUCACAUUGGCUCCAUGGCAAGAUUUCUACCAUCCACUUUUAUUGUUUAUGUACUGAUAAGAGUUAACAUCUGUUAAUUCUAGUAAUUCCAAACUGAUGGUCACUUCCGUUGCAUUAACCUGAAGCAGGAGCAAACAGUCAUCAUCUCAAUCUCCAUCCCCAAAUUCUAUAUUCGAGCCAAACUGCAAGCUUGUCAAAUACUACCGCUUUGUCAGUCUAAGUCACCGCAUCUCAGUGCGUCAUGCCACACCACAAAAACUAUUCAGGAAUGACCCGAGGAACGAGACAAUGAGCUCAAGACCUGGCCUCCAAAUUCCCCAGAUCCCACUCUGAUCGAACAUCUGUGGGAUGUGCUGGUACCCCACCACACAACCCACAGGACUCAGGAGAUCUGGUGCCAGACACCAAAGGACACCCUCCAGAGAUCCAGUGUCCAUGCCUUAACAGGUCAGAGCCAAGUCUGGUCCAAGGAGUCCCCACCGGGGAUCGGGGGUACCUCUGGGGUAUGUGCACGUACCUCAAAUGUUCUGGGGAUCUGGGGUAUUUUGAAGCAAAGUCGACACCUUGAGCUCUUUGUCCCAUCCCUCGGGGUUGCCAUGAGGGGGGGUACUUGGUCUGCAACGGUGUUUAGGUGGGUGGAACAUGUCAGGUGGUAUCCACACGAAGAUUUCCAAGCAGAACACUGCACUUCAACAAGACGAUCAAGGUUAUUCACCUCACCUGUCAGUGGUUUCAAUGUUUUGGCUGAUCUGUGUGUAUGUCUGACUCUGACGUCCACUCACAAAGUGGCGAUUUUUGACGAGUUGGGUUGUUGCCCACUGCCUCCGAAUCCACUGCCACCCAGUGUGUAUCAUGCCACCACAAAGGGUGCCUCCAUGCGUCUGUGUCUGACGCUGAUAUCACCGACAAUGCAGCACUGACUAUCAAACUCUGACUCUCUGUUACAUUGCUUCUUUUUCCUCUGUACGCUGUAGUAUACUGUCAUAUUUAAGCUGUGGAAUAUCUAACAUUUUGUGCUCUGCAGUAAUAAAUAGUGCAUGAUAACACUAAUGUAGAAGAAGGAAGAAGUCCCAGGUUUCCUGAUUAUUUCCCAGAAAGUAACUGAUGUGUAACCGUGUAUCCAUGUUGACAGUUAAACAUGUAAAAUUUUCUUUUUGUUUUUCCUUUUUUUGUGUGCGUGUUUUCACAUGUUCAAGUUCACAUGGAUAAACAGAACCCUCAAAUAAACAGACUUAUGCACUUC